UUUGAUUGCUGUCUUUAUUAUUAGUACUAUUUUCUUGAUAUAUUCUUACCUUUUUUCCUUGAAUGUUUUGCCAUUUUUCUGCAUGUACAAGACGAGGCAUAUAAGAAAGGCUAAUAUCAUCUCAAAUUGACUGCACAAUCCUGAUAACGUUCCAAGCACAUUAAGACUUCAAAAAUCCUUCUAUUUCUGUUUUUUCGAAUUUCGAUGGAGAAGCUUCUUGGUUCGUAUGACAGGGAAUACAUGAAAAUGGCCAUGUUAAAGCACGAGGAAACAUUUCGAGAGCAGGUGUGUGAACUUCAUCGUCUUUAUCAAAUUCAGAAGAUGCUUAUGAAAGAAACCGCCAAAAAUAGGCAAAACAUGCAGGAUUACUUGAUUAAUUCCAAUAAGCUCGAUGAUGAUGACUAUAUUCAUACUAAGGCCAUGAAAUGUCUAGACUUGGAAGAGCCUGCUGGAGAGUUCAUAGCAGAAUCAGAUGACAGCAGAGUGCUCGAAAUUGAAGAUUACAAUGAUCUUGAGCUGACAUUAGGCCUGAAAAGCUAUUACACGAGGGGAAAAGAUACUGAAACGUCACCGGAAUCAGAUUUCGGGCCGAGCAUUAAUAAUUUGUCUUCCUCCAUUGGAUCAAACCAUGUAAAGAGAACAAGAAAAUAUGCAAGAGAAGAAUCAUUAAACCAGCAGAAAUGGGGACUAGGGAUGACUGUAUCAAUUCCUAGUUUCCUUGGAGGAAGGAAAAUUAGUUCUGAGGUGGAAGAACAUUUGAGAAAAGAUGGAUUAAAUGCUCCACCUUGGCUUUUCCAGGCUUUAAGCCUGAAUAUGAGUUGAGAAAGGCGAAAAAAUUUCAUCCCAUGUCAGUAUAAUAACGUCUGUAGACUUCCUAUUGUCAUCCUAUUCUGUGAGUAUGAUCGGAUUUUAUUUCGAUAUUAACUUAUUUUCUAGUUUUUACUAAUAAUGGGAUUCAUUUUUUGAGACUUGUUUAUUCCACCAUAACUUUGUAAUCAACCAUGUCUUUCUUUGUAAAAUUGGGUCAUAACCCGAAUUCUUGAGUAUUUGAUUGGAAAUAUUGUUGGAGAA